AUGAAGGAUACGACGUUGAUCACUCUGUGUAUCAACGUCAGUGCUUUCGCGACUGAUGUGUGGGCGCUCGCUAUUGUGCUUGGUGCGACGCUUCAUCUUAUAUUUCUAGACAACAUGGUCAUCGUUAUUGACAGUGUGGGGCUGUACAAUUGCCUGAGCUCUGCUUUUGCUUCAGGUGUAUUUACGCAUAUAAACGAGGCAAAUCGAGAGCGUAUCAGGCAGGCUAAGACGCAGGCUGAGACGGAUGAAGCAAAAAUGAAGGGUGUCGGCGUUGCAAUUAAAGAGUUGUUUAAUACUCUUAAAGGCAAGACGGAUGAGCCGGUUCAAGCUGCAUUGACGGCAACGACAAAUUCAUCGACGGCAGCGGGUGAUGCGGAGGAGGCUGCCAAAGAAGCUUGGGAGUCUGCAGAAGUUGCGGAAGUUCAAAUAGCGGCUGCUGCGGGGAAUGCAGCCAAAUUGACAACAGCAGUGGAGAUAGCGGUAGAAGCCGCUAGGAAUACGGAGAGGUUAGCCAAGGAAUCGUACAAUGCAGCCGUGAAAUCAGCAAAGGAUGCAACGAAAGCAUAUGCCGCUUCCAAGAAAGCGGCAGCGACCAGCAAGAUGCAGUCGGACCCAUUGUUGCGGGAGACGAUGAGACGUCAACUUGAGGGAACCCCGAUACAUAGAAGCAGGAGCAAGCACCGGAGUCAACUGCCACAGCCUUUUCCUCUUCACAUCAAUCUCCCCAGCAAAUUCCCAUCGGUAGCAAGCAGCACAACAAGAACCCCUCUCUCGAUAAGCCCUGCAGAGAAAGGUUCGCUUAAUCUGAAAGACUCCUCGAUGAACGAGGCGGGCCCCGCCAGGAUAACCAAAGCAAUCCCCCUGAAAGCACUCAGGGGAAGGAUCCUCUUCUCGUCCACACGGAGCUUGAAACUCGAGAGGCUCUCCUCUCUCGAGAGUCUGGCCAGCUGA